UUGCAAAUUUUCUUUUAGCAUUUCCAUUCUCAACCAAAAGUAUACGGUUAGUUUACAAGUAUAAUAAAAUAUAAUAUUUGAUAAAAUCAUGGAAGUCGAUAAAAAUGAAAGUGUUAAUGGAGUAGAACUAACAGAAGCUGAAAAUGAAUUGUAUGACAGACAAAUUCGACUUUGGGGUUUAGAGUCACAGAAAAGACUCCGCACAGCCAAAAUAUUAGUUGCUGGUUUGGGUGGAAUUGGUGCAGAAGUGACAAAAAAUAUUAUUCUUUCCGGUGUUCACUCUGUAAAGUUGCUAGAUGAAAAUAUUGUUACAGAAGAGGAUUUUUGCGCUCAGUUUUUAGCGCCGCGUGCUGCGAUCGGCAAAAAUCGUGCAGAAGCGUCAAUUGAACGAGCGCGUUCUUUAAACCCAAUGGUCGAGAUAUCAGCCGAUAUAGAAUCGCUUUCCACCAAAGAAGCUGAUUACUUCGCAAAUUUCGAUGUUGUAGUUGUGAUCGGUGCAUCCAACUCAGAAUUAUUACGUGUUAAUAACAUAUGUCGUGAAAACAAAGUUAAGUUUUUUACUGGCGAUGUUUGGGGAAUGUUUGGCUAUUGUUUUGCAGAUCUGCAAGAACACAGCUUUGUUGAGGAUGUGGCAAAGCAUAAAGUCAUUUCGAAACCAAACGAAAAAGUAAAAACUGAGUUAGUCACUGCCUCUAUUCAGCGUACUUUGAAUUUCCCAUCAUUCGGUGCAGUUGUGGAUUUCGACAUCAAUUCACCGGCCUAUCAAAAGAAGCUUAAACGUACUGGACCUGCUUUGAUAUUAUUGCGCGUACUACAAGAAUUUCGAGAAGCCUUCAAUCGAGAUCCUUGCUAUAAAACUCGUGACGCCGAUAUUUCGGAAUUGCAGCGUAUUCGAAACGAAAUAACAAGUGCGAGCUCUUUAUCUGAUGAAUAUUUUGAGAAUGUGUUCGCACAAGUUUCACCUGCGGCGGCAGUAGUGGGUGGAGUUUUAGCUCAAGAGAUUAUCAAAGUAGUUUCUAAGAAAGAAGCACCUCAUUGUAAUGUAUUUCUAUUUGAUCCAGACACAUGUUGCGGAUUUGUUGAAACAAUUGGUUUAAACUAACAUCUUAUUUUCAAUAAAAUAAUCCGAAAUAUACUGUAA